GGCUUGUUGUGUGUUGAUAAACAACUUGUCAGCGUUUAAACGUCAAAAUCGCUUGCAUGCGUAUUUGUUUUGAUCGGCUGUGCUUCGCUAGACAGAGGCCAGCCUCAUCAGACAAUACAGCCAAUGAUGCUAUAUUUACCAAUCACAACCUCAGCAAUCCAAAUAAUGUUAAUAAAACAACAGCAACAACAACAAGUACAAUUACAACAAUUGCAGCAACUAAUGUUAUUACAACAACUCCUUCUUGCACAUCAACAACAACAUCAACUAAAACAACAAAUAGAAAUAGAACAGAAACUGAAAUAGAACCGAUUACCACAACAAUUACUGAAACAUUAAAUAAACACAGAUCUGUUGCGACACUAGAACAACCAACCGAUGGUGCCUUAUUAAAUGCUUUAGAUUCCCACUUAAUAAACAAUAAUAAUAAAAAAAGAAACGUAAAUAAACAAGAAAAUUCAAUAACAAAUACUAUAGAUAUAGAAGGAACGUGUCAGGAACUAAAAGAUCCAACACAGCAACAACAACAACAACAACAGCAAGAACAAAUAAAAACAAGAAGGCAAAGCCCACAAAAUAGUCAUAGUGAAUUAUUAAUCAAUUCCCUUCGCAAAGCAAAAAACUACUCAACAACACCCACGACAACUAAAAAUAUUUUGGAAAAACAUUCCGGCGAAAAGGCGGAAAAUUUCCCUCAACAAGAGAAAAUACAAACUCAAACACCUGACGCAACAUUUGCAACAAAAACAACUACAGCGGCUAAUGCUGAUGCUGACGCUGCUGCUGAGAUAGAGCAAAGAGAUCAAGAAGAACAUUUAAAUAAUCAGCAACAGCAACACAAAGAAAACAUCGACGUAGACGCCGUUGAUAGGAAGGCCUUACGUCACAAUAACGACAAAGUAACGCGACUGCGGCAGCAGACAGACGCGCAGAGUCCGGCCAUCAAUUUGAACGAAAAAGUAGAGAAAAUAGCUAAAAUGCAGCAAGAACCGAAUGCUAACAUACAGUUUCAACCCGAUCUGGGUCUUGUGAACAACAAUAAUUUGCCAGCGCUAAGUGGCACGCUAAUAGAUACUAAUACACCCGGUGGUGGCAUACGCUUAUCAUUGCCCUUGCAUACGGCCGACGUGUUAACACAUACGCUUAUUUACGGCACUGUGCCGACGGGAGCUCAACAACUUAACGCCGAUCCAAAUUUUCAAACCCGCAAUAUUUUACACCAACAAGAGCUACAGCUGCAACAACGAUACCAGCAAUUGCAGGCCCAAACGCAGGGUAUCUUUGCCACUUCGCCCACAGGUAAUCCCAUAGUCAUACAACCCACCGGUCAGCAGACAGCUGUCUAUCCCUCACCUGAUUAUUGUGCUCAACAAAAAUAUAAUCUGGCCGCUCAAAUGCAGGGUCUCUGCAUAUCCAAUCAAACGAAUACGGCCCCCAUGAUGGAUCACACUGCUGGCGGUGUUAAUUUGCUUAGUAGUUCGUAUGUGCCGGCCACAGCUCAUGAGGAACGUCUCAUACAGAUAAUUCAGGCAAAGGAUCUCAAAAUCCAAGAAAUGCAACGUGCUUUACAGUACAAGGAUACGGAAAUAGCAGAACUUAAAUCUCAUUUGGAUAAAUUUCAGAGUGUCUUUCCAUUUUCGCGCAGUGGCGCCACAACACCGUGUGGUGGUGUGGGUAGUGGUGGUGCUGUAGCCGCCGGUGGUGUUCGUAAAUCUGGUCAAUCAUUUCAGCGUCAACGUGCUCAGGGUAUAUCAGCUGAGCCUCAGAGUGAAUCAUCUGUACUAUUGGAUAAUGUAACGUUUCCCAAAUACGAUAAGGAUGACAAAUCCCGUGAAAUUAUUAAGUCUGCCAUAUUGGAUAAUGAUUUUAUGAAAAAUCUCGAUAUCACCCAAAUACGUGAAAUUGUCGAUUGCAUGUAUCCAGUUAAAUAUGCCGCAAAGAGUCUUAUUAUCAAAGAGGGCGAUGUUGGCAGCAUUGUUUAUGUUAUGGAAGAGGGUCGUGUUGAAGUUUCACGCGAGGGUAAAUAUCUGUCGACUUUAUCGGGCGCUAAAGUUUUGGGUGAAUUGGCCAUUUUAUAUAACUGCCAACGUACCGCCACUAUAACUGCUAUAUCCGAGUGUAAAUUAUGGGCCAUCGAACGUCAAUGUUUCCAGACAAUUAUGAUGCGUACUGGUCUAAUACGCCAAGCGGAAUAUACAGAUUUUCUUAAAAGUGUGCCUAUAUUUAAAAAUCUCCAGGAAGAUACUCUUAUUAAAAUAUCAGAUAUUUUGGAAGAGACCCAUUACCAGCAAGGCGAUUAUAUUGUAAGACAAGGAGCCAGAGGAGAUACAUUCUUUAUUAUAUCUAAGGGUACGGUUAGGGUAACAAUUAAACUGCCCAAUACCCAAGAGGAGAAGUUUAUAAGAACCUUAUCAAAGGGAGAUUUCUUUGGAGAAAAGGCUUUGCAAGGGGAUGACCUGCGUACCGCCAAUAUUAUUUGUGAUUCUCCCGAUGGUGUCACCUGUUUGGUUAUUGAUCGUGAAACAUUUAAUCAACUAAUAUCGAAUUUAGAUGAAAUUAAACAUCGGUAUGAUGAUGAGGGAACUCUGGAACGAAGAAAGAUCAAUGAAGAAUUCCGUGAUGUUAAUCUUACGGAUCUACGUGUCAUUGCUACCUUGGGUGUAGGUGGUUUCGGUCGCGUUGAAUUGGUUCAAAUCAAUGGCGAUACGAAUCGUUCUUUCGCUUUGAAACAAAUGAAAAAGGCUCAAAUUGUUGAGACACGACAACAGCAACAUAUCAUGUCCGAAAAGGAAAUCAUGGGUGAAGCCAAUUGUCAAUUUAUUGUCAAACUCUUUAAGACAUUUAGAGACAAGAAAUAUCUCUAUAUGUUAAUGGAAAGUUGUCUGGGUGGUGAAUUGUGGACUAUACUACGUGACAAAGGCAAUUUCGAUGACUCAACCACUAGAUUCUAUACAGCUUGUGUGGUAGAGGCCUUCGAUUAUCUGCAUUCGCGUAAUAUUAUCUAUCGUGACUUAAAACCAGAAAAUCUCUUGUUAGAUGAGAAGGGUUAUGUGAAAUUGGUUGAUUUUGGUUUUGCCAAGAAAUUGCAAUCGGGUCGUAAGACCUGGACCUUCUGUGGUACUCCGGAGUAUGUGGCUCCUGAAGUUAUACUAAAUCGUGGUCAUGACAUAAGUGCUGAUUAUUGGUCUUUGGGCGUUUUAAUGUUUGAAUUGUUAACAGGUACUCCUCCCUUUACUGGCUCUGAUCCCAUGAGAACUUACAAUAUCAUAUUGAAAGGUAUCGAUGCCAUUGAAUUCCCCCGUAAUAUAACAAGCAAUGCCCGCAAUCUUAUUAAGAAAUUAUGUCGGGAUAAUCCAGCUGAAAGAUUGGGUUAUCAACGUGGUGGCAUAAGUGAGAUACAAAAGCAUAAAUGGUUUGAUGGCUUCUACUGGUGGGGACUACAAAAUCGCACUCUUGAACCACCCAUUAGGCCCACCGUUAAAAGUGUUACAGAUACCACAAACUUUGAUGAUUAUCCUCCCGAUCCAGAAGGACCACCACCAGAUGACAUUACCGGUUGGGAUAAGGAUUUCUAAACUUUUAUUUAAAAAAAAAAAACGGAUUUAUUUUUCUAAAGCCAUAUAUAUUUUUUUUAAUUAAGAUGUAAUUUUGUAUUUGUUCUAUUAUUUUUCACCCUCUAUUCUCUCAAUUAGAUUCUAAAAUUAAAAUGUCUUCCAAACUUUUAUAUUAAAGCAUGGAUGCAAUAAACUAUUAGUUAUAUGAUGAAAAAAAAAAAAA